CUCUCUCUCUCUCUCUCUCUCUCUCUCUCUCUCUCUCUCUCUCUCUCUGUGUACAAUCUAUAUCUAUAUGUAUAUAGUGAUUGUCAUACACAAUUUUCUUUAUCCCCGCGAAAAAAAAAAAAAUCAAAAAUGAAAAGUGCUUAUGCUGUUCUUCUCCUCUCUUUUCUCUGUUCUUUUAACUGUUUUUCAACUGCAGCCUCAGAUUCUGAUUACGACGCCUUAGUCCAAUGCUUUUCAGAUAAUAAAAUCCCUCAAUCUCAAAUCUCACAAAUUGUGUACGGUCCGAGCAAUCCCUCUUUUACAUCGGUUCUUCAAUCAUACAUCAGAAAUCGCCGGUUCAACACUUCCUCGACCCCGAAACCGGCCAUCAUUGUCACUCCAUUGGAAGCAUCCCAUGUUAGUACAACGGUUAUAUGCGCCAAAAAAAUUGGAAUUCAACUAAAAAUUCGAAGUGGUGGACAUGAUUAUGAAGGGAUUUCGUAUGUUUCUGAUGUUAGUUUCAUCAUUCUUGACAUGUUUAAUCUACGGAAUGUCGAUCUCGAUCUGAAGGAUGAAACUGCUUGGGUUCAAGCCGGGGCAACGCUUGGAGAACUGUAUUAUAGGAUUUGGGAGAAAAGCAAAGUCCAUGGUUUUCCGGCUGGUGUUUGCCCGACUGUAGCCGUCGGAGGCCACCUGACUGGUGGCGGGUAUGGUAACAUGUUGCGAAAAUACGGCCUGUCUGUGGAUCAUAUAGUGGAUGCGCUAGUUGUCGAUAUACAAGGCAGAGUUCUGGACAGGGCGGCGAUGGGUGAGGACCUUUUUUGGGCAAUUAGGGGCGGCGGCGGCGCUAGUUUUGGUGUUAUAUUAGCCUACAAAAUACAACUAGUUCCUGUUCCCCCAGUUGUAACAGUUUUCCAUAUUCAGAAGGGCUUGGACCAGAACGCGACAGAAGCCGUUUUGCAGUACCAAGAGGUCAUGCAAAAGAUUGACAAUGAUCUCUUCAUUCGGGUUCUAUUACAACCUAUUACGAAAGACAAAACCAGGACGGUUCGAGCAACAUUCAUCGGAAUGUUCCUUGGUGAUUCCAAUAGACUAUUGUCCAUCACGAGUUCUGAAUUCCCUGGACUUGGAUUGCUGAAAGCAGAUUGCAAGGAAAUGAGUUGGAUUGACUCGGUUCUAUACUGGGCUAAUUUCGACAACACUACAAGCCCGAAUGUGCUACUGAACAGAUCCCCUGACUCCGUCAAUUUCCUGAAACGAAAAUCUGAUUACGUCAAAACUCCGAUUCCCAAAACAGGGCUGGAAUCUCUGUGGAAGGCAAUGGUGGACAUAGGGAAAGUCGGGCUUGUUUUCAAUUCCUACGGUGGAAGAAUGAAUGAAAUACCAGAAUCUGAAACCCCAUUUCCUCAUCGGGCUGGAAACAUUUUCAAGAUUCAAUAUUCUGUAAACUGGAAUGAAGAAGAUGCUGCAUCAGACAAGAAUUACAUUGAUCAGAUUAGAAAUCUCUACAGUUUUAUGACCCCUUUUGUUUCAAGUAAUCCGAGGGAAUCCUUCUUGAAUUACAGGGAUCUGGACAUUGGCAUUACAGACUACGGUAAAAACAGUUUCGGUCAAGGGAAGGUGUACGGAGAGAAAUAUUUCAAAGGGAAUUUUUACAGAUUAGUCAAAACUAAGAGCACUUUUGAUCCCGAUAAUUUUUUCAGGAACGAACAAAGUAUUCCGACAUCGGGUGCCGUUCGAGGAAGAAAAGGAAGAACUUUCUGAGGGAAAUAUGCUUAUUAUUGUUUAAUCAUAAACAGUAUUAAAAUUUUUAAGUUACAAUCUAUUUAUGAUAUAAAUGCUUUUCAAAUGGGAGGUUCAUACACAUAACUCCAUGUGACAAUGUCAACUCCUAAUUGCUUCUUGUACUACAUUUUGCAUCAGAUGUAGACUUUUAGAUUAAAGUUGAUGGAACUCGAUUCAUAUUUAUAUCCAA